AUGGAGAGCCUCGGCUACAGAUCCACGCUUGUGUCUGCACAGACGGAGGAGGGUGGAGGUUCUCCAUGGCUGGCUUGGCUCGAAGUGGUCGGCUUCAGGCUGAUGACAAGAUAUGAACAUCUAAGAAAGCUCUGUCAAAACAAGAAGCGCGAUUUGAUGAGGAUCUUCGCUCGUUCUACUUCAGUGCUACGUAGCUUUCCCACCCCCAUGCAUCACGUGGUGGGUAUAAGCCUUCCGCGCCCAAAGCCCCCAAGCGGCGCUCAAGAGCUGAGAGAACCGCACACUGACUUGAGAUUGGCAAAAAGGGUGCAUACACUGGUCAGUUACCCUCCUCAUUACUCUUCUACGUAUACUUGUAAUAUCAAAAUCAUAUUGACGCUUGCUGACUGGGGGAGCAGCAAAGAAAAGGUGCUUACAUCCCACCCCGUCCAUCCCCUACCGCGCAAGGUGCCCCCAAGUUCUAACAGCAAACGCGCGCAGAAAAAGAAAUGCAACGAGAACCGGCCGCAGUGCGAUAGAUGCCAGGAGCGCGGGCUGAAUUGCGAGUACGAAGCCGUGAAGCCGCGGAAGAAGAGAAGGACGUCGUCCGCUGGGUCCGCGCUCUCGUUGCGAAGCGAGGACUCGGAUCGCUGGCCUGGCCGCUUCGGUAACGGGAGGAUCUUUUAUGAUCAGACGUCCGAGUUUGGGGUCAGCAAGUGGGAGAUAGACUCUGUGUACCAGUACCCGGGCUCGGACGAGUCGGGAGAGUGGGAGACGCCGUACGGGAUUGACGUAGAAGAGAUCAUACGGACGGACCUGGUGCCCACUGCGCCAGCUGUCUCGAUGACGGUUGCUGGAAGCCGAAGUCAGUAUCCCGAUCUUGCGAUGAUUGCGCCGUCACCGGUAGCAUCGCCGCUGCUCGAGUUUUGCGCGCCGGUGUUCGAGGAGUUUACCGAUCGCACGAAUCGCCGCGCCUUGGUGGACCAUUUCUGCAAUGUUCUGUCACAUCUCAUUGUGUUUAAAGAGGACAACGGGAACCCGUUUCGCCAACUGGUAUUGCCAUUAUCGCAUGCCAGCUCUCCGAUCAUGAAUGCGAUAUUUGCGUUGAGCAGUGCCCACUUGGAGUAUCGAGGAGUUGUAAACCAGGAGAAAUCGCUGGAUUUCCAUAACAAGGCUUUACAGGGGCUCGCUAAUCUAAUUGAGCAAAAUGACCAGUCGAAUAGGGAGGAGGUGCUGGGAGCUAUCAUGUUGCUGGUUUACUAUGAAGUUCUCGUCCAAAGGGGAGACUCCAAUAUUGUUAAUGGCCAUCUGAAAGGCGCAAUGACAAUCAUGAAAUCCGGCCCCCAACUCAACACGCCAACAUCCCAAUUCCUCGAGCAUGCCUUCCGAUUCUACGACGUGAUCGCCGCCCUCUCUCUCGGCACGGCCCCUAAUUCCAGCACACAACCCGCGGUCCCAUCUCCUUUCCCAACCCCCCCAUCACCCUCUGGUUCAAUCCCCCCCUCUCCUCUAAGUGCAGUCGACACGCUCCUCGGCCUCUCCACAGACCUCUGGCCCAUCAUCCACCGCCUCUCCCACCUCCUCCCCAACAAGCACUCCCUCGAAGCCGCCAUCGCCGCGGGCGAAACAAGCAAAGCCACCGUCCUCAGAACAGAACUCGAAAGCACCUCCCAAGCAAUCGAAAACGCCCUCACCUCCUGGCGCCCAACAUUCUUCACCACCACCACCACCUCCUCCUCCUGCUCUUCGUCCCCUCCCACCGCCAGCCCAGACUCCUCCACCCUCCCCCUCCUCCUCCAAACACAAACCCCCCGCAUCCAAAGCAUCUACCACAACGCCUCCGCCUACCGGCACUCCUCCCUCAUCUACCUCCACCGCACCAUCCGCGGCCUACCCCGCUCCCACCCCGCCGUGCAAAAACACACCCACCUCGCCCUGCGCGCCUGCGCCAGCGUCGUCUCCCUCGCAGCGCAGUGCCUCGACGGACCCAUGUCGGCGCUCCUCUGGCCGCUCUUCGUCGCCGCCUGCGAGGCUACCAGCGCACCCGACAGGGAGAUGGCCCUCGCUGCCUUCUGCGGCAUUGAGAGGAGGCAGGGCAUGACGAAUAUCAGCAGGGCGUGGGAGGUCGUGAGGGAGGUGUGGCGGAGGGUUGACGACGAGGCUGAGGGAGGAGGGGAGGGUCUGGGGCAUGUCAGUUGGAGGGCGAUCUGUGAGGAGAGGGGGUUCAUUAUUGUGUUUGGCUGA